GAAUUGAUUGCCUGUAAAUAUUGUGACCUGAAUGCCUAUUGACUGUAUGACUCUCAAUUAACACAAUGAAGAUAUAUUAGCAUUUACAUAUACCACUCAACAUUUGCAUAUAUGUAUCUAUGUGUGCAUGUAUGUAUGUGUGGUUAACAAAUUUCGCAUACAGAGAGUUGUUGAACUGAAGUUCUUAACAAAGUGAAAUUACAACUGUAAAUAAAACCAAUUAAGCGAAUUCGAGCAAAUACUCAUACGACCCACACCCAUAGAGUAUGCAAUGAAUACAUAGGGAGUCAUGUAUUUCAAAUUUCUGUUGAUAACAGAACAUGGUAAUGGAACAACUUAAUUUGCAAGUGUUUUAAGACUACAAAUAAAGAAAACCAAACAAAAAUGUUUUAUCGUUUUCGUUACUUGCGGCAAGUGCUUGUUCUUGCAUUGUUCAUUACAAUUGGACUAUCAGGAGUAACAGCCAAUGUUCUAAAUGUAGACACUCACGACUUGACAGUGUUGGUAAAUGACAACAAAAGUUUUUUGAUCUAUGUCAGCGACCAAUUAACUGAAGAUAUCGAUGUGACUUUGAUCAAACAACAUGAGUAUCAUCUGGACCUGUACCCCGAAACCUUCUCAUGCCGUAAAGGCAUAACAGCCGAACAAGUAGUUGUUGUAAGGGGUCGAGCGGCGGGUCAUGUGGAGGUCACAGCAAAGAGCAGCUCCAAGGAUGCAUCACUCACUGAAAAUCUGUUCGUUCGGGUCGUUGUGGCCAAGUCGGAGGCCAUAAUCUAUUCCUCCAUUGUCUUUGGCUGGAUAUAUUUUGUGGCCUGGUCCGUGUCGUUUUAUCCACAGAUCUGGAUCAACUACCGACGCAAGUCGGUAGAGGGCCUGAACUUUGAUUUCAUAACAUUGAACAUAGUUGGGUUCACAUUGUACAGCAUGUUCAAUUGUGGACUCUACUUCAUCAAAGGCUUGCAAAACGAAUAUAGCGAACGGCAUCCGCGCGGCGUCAAUCCGGUUAUGCUGAAUGAUGUCGUCUUCUCACUGCACGCCAUGUUCGCAACAAGCAUCACGAUCGUGCAAUGUUUCAGAUAUGAGCGUGGACAGCAACGUGUGUCGAAAGUCGCAUAUGGUCUGUUAUCAAUAUUUGCGCUUAUUGUGAUCAUAUCAGCGGGACUGGCUGGAGGAUCUGUUAUAGACUGGCUGGAUUUCCUAUACUAUUGCAGUUAUAUCAAAUUGGCGAUUACAAUUAUUAAAUAUAUUCCACAAGCGCUAAUGAACUAUAGGAGAAAAAGUACAGAAGGAUGGAGUAUUGGUAACAUUUUAUUGGAUUUUACUGGAGGUACUCUGAGUAUGCUGCAAAUGUUGUUAAAUGCCCAUAACUAUGACGAUUGGCCUUCAAUAUUUGGUGAUCCAACCAAGUUUGGGCUUGGCCUAUUUUCAGUGCUCUUUGACAUAUUUUUCAUUCUUCAACAUUAUGUGUUUUACAGGCAUUCGAACAAACGUACGGAAACAGUUUCUGAUUUGACGACAGACACUGUGGCCCCAAAUGAUGUUCAUAUUGAUACAAAAUAAAACAGGGUUAAACUUAAGUAUUCAUAAUGUUGUUAACUGUUAAAAGGUUAAAGAUUGUGUUAAACUUGUUAUAUUUUUGCUAAGUUAUUGUUUUUUCACUUAAUAUAUACUGCAAGUGUAUGUAAAUAAGCUGAAAUACAUUUUAAAAUCAAA